AUGCAAUGGUUCACGCUCCUUGCGAUUCCCCUCGUUGCCAUCACUGCAUGGCUAUACACCGUCAACAUUGCGCGCAGCCGCUUCCCCAAACUGCGCAACAAGCGCAUAUGUCUUCUGAUCGCGCAUCCUGAUGACGAGGCAAUGUUCUUCGCGCCGACCCUCCUGGCAUUGAACAAUCCAGAGCUGGGAAAUCAUGUCAAGAUCCUAUGUUUGAGCAGUGGAGACGCAGACGGAUUGGGGGAAACGCGCAAGAAGGAAUUGGUCAAGAGCGGCAUGGCAUUGGGUCUGCGCAAAGAAGACGAUGUGUUUGUGGUUGAAAACCCUGACUUCCCAGAUAGCAUGACUACAGCCUGGGAUAAACAGAAGAUUGCCUCUCUUCUCUCGUCAGCCUUCGCGCCGAACCUCUCCAACCCCAUGAAGAAUAAAUCUGCAGAUGCGCCAACCGCCACAAUCGAUGUUCUGAUAACCUUCGACGCAUCAGGCGUCUCUUCACACCCCAACCAUAUCUCCCUAUUCCACGGCGCACGUCAUUUUAUUUCCUCCCUCAUACACAAUCGACCUGGCUGGGGCUGUCCGGUUGAUCUAUACUCCCUGACUUCGGUGAACGUGGUGCGGAAGUAUACGAGUUUCUUCGACUCGAUCAUUAGUCUGCUUGUGAUUGUCGUGAGCAAGAAACAGAUGAACGAACACCCUUCACCUCUCCUUUUCUUGAGCGGCAUCAACGAAGUCCGCGCCGCGCAGUCCGCAAUGACGAGUGCGCAUAAGAGCCAGAUGCGGUGGUUUCGUUGGGGUUGGAUUGGGCUCAGUCGAUAUAUGGUGGUGAAUGAUUUGAGGUUGGAGAAGAUAAGCGGAGCAUAACAAUGAAGAGGCUGGGAUUUUUGGUCGGAGGAGUUGGAUUGGUCCGGAUUGGUUGGAAUUGUUCUGGACAGGAUUUUGCUCGGCUGAGCUGCAUUUGCAUUGCCAGCACAGCACAGCACAGUACGCAUAUAUGCAUGGUAAGGCGUGGUUUGUAUUCUUUUUCGGAUGGUGUGUAUAUACCCUACAUAAUGCAUAAACCUCUUCAUUCUCCCACGAUAAAGUGGUCGAGAUUCUGUAAAGCCCUGCUCUCCUUUUUACCUGCCCGAGCCUAUAAAUAUAUCCGCAUUUUCUAAGUAAUGGAGCAAGUUCUGUCUGCUAGUUGCGAAUUCUCUGUAUAAAGAGAGCUUGGUUGCAAGAUAUGUCACUCCUUCGUUAUUGCCGAAUUAGUCCAUUGUUUGGCCCUGGACAGCAACAUUCUACGCAAUUACUACUUGGUGUUAACUUCAAAUUUUGUAUUUCUGUUUUGUCGUGCACCCGGCGUACCUGCGGCACUCCCUGAGGUGCUCUAGCCAACUAGAGCUGCUUACGAAGUUAUCCCAUCAACCGCCACAGGGACAUUUUAGCGUCGUUUAGUAUUCGCUUAAAAGACAUACCUUCUACAAAGCUGGCUCGGCUGGAUAACAAGAAUUAUAAAAUUAGGAAAAGUUUUUACUCUUAGUAACAUAUAAUAUUUUAAAGCAGCUGAGCUUUACUGUGAAAUCUUUAUUGAAUUCUAUUAACAAUUAACUUAUUGGCAGGUUAGCAACAAGCGGUAUGGCCGCUGUGAAGCUGAAGCUUCAUCCGAAUCAAUUUUUUAGCAGCUGCAUGUAGCGAAUUCCCAGAGUCUAGAUCUUUCUCGUUUUGAGUGAAUCCCAGCGAUCGCCUGGGUAUAUGCUUAGUUCUGCCAAAUGCUGAAACAAGCUGGAUGCUCAUUUGUCACGAGGCAUACCUGUACCGAAAAUCAAAUCUGUGGAUAAGGACUUUCCUCGGCGUCGUUGUUACUGGGUAUAUUCUUAAAUCUACG